AUGCUAAAUAUACUCUGCGAUCAACAUUAUAAUCAUGUUGUUAAUAAACUUACUACUGAAUUUGAACAACGAAUUUCACGAGCGAAAGAAGAAGUUCAACAAAAUAUUGCUAAUGCUUCAACAGCUGAACAACAUGGUCAGGCUUUAAUAAAACAGAUUUGGGCAAUGAUUGAAAAUGAUGUACAAAAACAAUGUCAAAAUCGGUUCGAAAGAUUUUUUGCUACAUGGGAUCAGUAUCACCCAUCAAUUAUAGCUGCAAAUUGUGUUUAUGAAUUAUUUCGUUCCAUUGAUUAUCAAUCGAUAUUCAAAUAUAUUAAAGAUCCCGUAGAUUAUGUCAAGAACUGGCUUCGUUCAAAAUUUGACGAAAGAUAUGAAAUUGAAUUGACAAACACACUCAACCAUCUUUCUUCAGAUUUGUCCAAUGAGAAAAAAAAGUUUCAACGAAUGAUUCUUACCUGGCAUGAAGCUGUUCAAUCUUUUGCAGACCUUCAAUCUGUUGCUGAUUUAAUUGAUUGUUUAAAAACAUUUCUAAUAAAUGGAGAAUAUACAAAGAAUAAAUUAUUAUUAAGGGAAUCACAAGGUAGCUUUCCGUUUCUGGAUUCAACUACAAUCCGAACGAUUCCAACAACUGCUGAUCGACAUCGUCUAUUAAAAGCUAUUUCUUCAAUGUCUCAAGAACUCUCUGUCGAUGACGUCCGUUCAAGAGAAUUAACCCAGAGAUUAAUUAAUAAUGACCAAUUCAAGAACCGCUUAUUUGUUGAAUUUCACAACAGAAGCAAAGGUUGUGGUACACCUUGUCCAUAUUGUAAACAAAUGUGCGAUAACGAUAAUCAAAUGCACACUGAACAUCGCUGUGAGAAUCAUCUGCUUUGGGUUUUUCAGGGUUACCGGAAUAUUAACACAGGAAAACCAAGUCUAAAAUGCUGUACAUCCAAUGCAGCAUUCGAAUCUAAUGUUGAAAUUCCAACAGAAAAAGACACUUUUGUGCCAUUUACCGAACAUAAAAGUCGAUUUCAUCCUACAUGGAACAUAAUCAAUCUGAAAACAUCCUUAGAUGACCAUCUAUUGAGGGCAUAUAUUGCAUUAGAAGAAGAUCUAGCAGAAUAUUACAACUUCAAAGGACGAGCUGACAUUGCAAUUAAGAAAAAUUUUUUACGAACUACGGUCACAGUCCAUUGCUAUGCACUGUUGAUCGGCAUUGAUUAUGAAGGUACAUCAAACAGUCUUAAAGGUAUUCCAUCACAUGAUGUUUCUUGUAUUAAAAAUCAGUUAAUGGAUUCCUCUAUGGCUUAUCCAGAAAAACUUCAUAUGCUCAUAAAUACUGAAGCCACGAAAGCACGAAUUUUAAAUGAAUUACAGAGUAUUGUUAAUAAUAUGGACGAAAGAUCAACAUUUAUAUUCUAUUUUUCGGGUCAUGGAGGUCUAACAACAUUGAAUCAAUCGUAUUUACUUACAGGCGAUGAGAAACAGCUGUAUGCUACUGAACUUGCAAAAAUUAUUAACAAAGCUAAAACAAACAAAAUUAUUCUUAUUUUAGACAGUUGUUAUUCUGGAGGUAUGGGCAAGCCAUUUAUCCCUCAUUUGAUGAAUCCCAAGCAAGGAAUUCAUAUUUUAUGUUCUUCACAUGAUAGCCAAGUAUCCUAUCAAGAUGAUACAAAUGGCUUUUUCACAAAGUAUUUGAUCAAAGGAUUACGAGGAGAAUACACUUGUGAAACGAUGAAUUGUAAUGAAUGUGCAACAAGAGUUACAAAUCUACAGAAGGCUGAGAUACGUAAAGUUACAAGUACGGAACUGACAACAUAUUUAAGUCAUGCUGUUACAGGCUGCCAAAAUUUUGCAUAUACAACUAUUCAAGGAUGCAAUUUCGACGUUAGUUUUAUCGAUUAG